CUUCGAUCUGUGCAGUCGUACUGAUUGUUAAAAUAUUAUUUAAAAAAAUAAAUACACAACGAGCUUUUAUUCUUAAAAUUAAUCACAAUGGCCUACAAAUGGGUGCAAUCCUCGGCCUACAGUUCCAUUCCCCCGGAGGCAGUGGUGGGCGGGAAUGAUGAGGACGGCGCCAUGAUCUACGUGGGAAGGGCGGAGCACGAGGGCGACAUGCUCGUCUGCAAGGUGGUGCCCACCAAACAGCUCGGAUUCAUCUCCCAGCGCGGCGAGGCUCUUCCCAAGGACAUCUUCGAGGUCCUGUGCGGUCAGAAUCUGGCCUGGAUCAAGUGCUACGACCAUGUGAUACCCGAGAAUGCGGUACUCUGCGGACGCACCUCCCUCGACCAGCCGGUCUACAUCGGCCGGGGGCACUACGAGGGGCAUCUGAUCAUCGGAAAGAUCUCCUCCGUGCAUCGAUGUCUCUUCAUUGCGUACCGUGGAGCGGAAAGACGUUUGGAUUCCUAUGAGAUUCUGGUGGAGGAGCGACGUGUGGUGGCCGGAUGGAGUCUGCCUCCUCCGCCACCGCUAGAGGAGCCUGAAAAGUGUCCACUCACCCCACCGCCACCUCCCUCGCCACCGGCACCGGCUCCUCCAGUGGCCCUCAAGCCAUAUCCUUACCCAGACCUGGCUGCAAUGCCAUUUCCAGUGACGGACAGACCUCCGGCUUACACUCCUACACCGGAUCCCAUGCCGCCGGCCGGAGGAGUUCUGGUAAUGCCACGCCCGCAGCCCACACCACCCGUGGGAGGAGUUCUGGUGAUGCCGCCGCCACCGCCCAAACCUCUACCGACUCCGCCGCCUCCACCCCCGCCAGUAGCUGUCACUCCGGCGACGGUGUCUGUGGCCCCUUCAUUUUCAGCUGUUCCUGCAUCAGUGAGUGCCGUUGCCGUGCCCGUGGCAGGAGCUUCCUACACCCCUGCUGCCACCUAUAAUCCCUAUGAUGAUGGCUGCUCUGGCUACACCCCGGCGGAAUAUGCCGGAUCCUCGGGCUACGAGGUCUACGGCUAUGGAAACAACUACGAUGUUUGGGUUUCGGCAGAGCCGGGCUACGGUUUUCCCCAGGAUGCCGUAGUCGGAGGCCACGACACCAACAUGGCCCAGCUCCUGGUCUGUCGCGGUUACUACCGGGGUGUCCAUGUUCCGGGCAAGGCGAUUCCCAGCAUGGGUUGCGCCUUCAUAGCCCAUGGAGGACGUGAGAUUAUGGAGUCCUCCUACCAAGUCCUCGUGGGACAAGGAAAAUACCAUUGGGUUCCUGGAUAUUCCGGAAGUAUUCCUCAAGGAGCUGUAGUGGCCGGCAGAUCCCCCCUAGGAGAGCCUUUGUACAUUGGCCGGGGACACUACCGGGGCAGCUUGACCCCCGGAGUGGUAGAGCCCUCGAACCGAUGCCUGCAGAUUCCAUUCCACGGCAACGAGAUCCGGCUGAGUAGCUACGAGGUUUUGGUCCGGAGUGACAUGUUUCACAGGCAGCAGGCCAUUAGUUUGGUUUAUUAAAGAUGAAGGAUUAAGGGAUGUAGGUAAGAGCUGUAUACGAAAGCCUACAAGGAAUAAUCCUAAUAUAAUCCUGAAAACUCUGAAAAAAACACAACAUGUACCUCCAAGCACUGAAAGUCAUCAUGUAUUCCAAAAUUUGUAUAUUUAAGGAUAUUAUUUAACCAAAGAAACUAUUUAUGAGCAGCUACCUCUUUAAAAAACCCAAGUUUAUGAAAUAUAUAAUGCUUAUUUAUGAAAAAAUAUUUAAACCAAAAACCUGUCCAUUUUUUAGCACCAAUUAUAUUUAAGCACAUUUUCAAGUAUUCUAUUAAUUAAUAAAGUUUACUUAAAAAUUGUAUAAUAUUAUUUUAUAAACGAGUCUAAUGAGUUUUCUACGCACUAAUUAUAAUUAUACACCUUCGUUUUCUUAAAAAUUAUACUUCAUUUUAAUGAUACACCUGUUGUAUAAUAUGUGGGUUGACUAAUAAAUGACUUGCAUAAAGUAA